CGAUUCUCCUCUUUGGGAUUGCAGAGAUUUUCUCAGAGUUUAUCAUAUCUUCCUUGUUCGAUUCUCCUUCAAAGUUCGAACUCAAACCCUAGAUUUGCUGGGAUUCCAAGGAUUUGCCAAGGGAAUCGAAGUUGCGAUUGUUGAAAAGUCACUCGAAAGCAGGAUCGAUGGACCCCAAUGACCCCAAAAUUGUUGAUGUCGACCUGGAACGAAGCGAAGAGAUUCUGGAAGAUGAGGGUGAGCAUGAUUUAGGAAAUGAGGCAGAAACCAAAUUUGUACCAAUUUUCAUUCAUUUGGGUGGAAGGUUUAUACAAGGAGCUGGUAAUUCAAUUUUAUAUGUUGAUGGUGAAUGUGAUGACUGGAUUAUUAAUAGGGAUAAGUUGACACUGUUUGAACUUUAUACUAAGAUUGGUAUUACUGGAUAUGAUGUUGAUAUGGUCGACCAAAUAUGGUAUUUAGAACCAAGAAAAACAAUUACAGAUGGUUUGAAACCUAUUAGGAAUGAUCAUGACAUUAGGGAUGUUUUGGGGGUGUUGAAGGUGGAGAAAAAGGUACAUAUUUAUGUGUCUCAUGUCCCGAAUUUUGCUGAAAUUAUGCCUAUCUUACCAUUACCAGCCCCUAGUGAUAAGGGUACAGUUGCCGACAAUCCUGUUAAGGUUGAGGGGAGAGUAGAAAAUGAUCAUGUUGAUGUGGAAGGCAGAGUUGAAGAUGCUGGUCAUGCGGUUGAUGUGGAAGGCAGAGUUGAGGAUGCUGGUCGUGUGGUUGAGGUUGAAGGCAGAGUUGAGGAUGCUGGUCAUGCGGUUGAGGUUGAAGGCAGAGUUGAGGAUGAUGGUAAUGAAGACAAUGAACAUUCUGAGGAUGAAGAUGAUUUUCUUCCAUAUAUAUCUGAAUUGAGUGAUAAUGAAGAUAAGGAAACUGUCGAGGCGAGAAAUAAAAUGAAGUCUUUGCAUGAGGCAACUUCGAGAUCAAAAAAUGCUAGGAAAGGUGUUAAUCAUGAAAUUCCCUCAUCUUCAACUGGUCACAAUGAUCUUGGUCCUGAGGAUUCAUUAAGCUCAGAUGAUGAUAUCAGCUACAUUUCAACAAGUGAAGAAGAUGGAAGUGAAGUUGAACACGGUAGGAGAAGGAAGGGUAGGCACAAAGUUUUCCGAGGAACAGAUGAUGGCAAUGUACAGAUUGAGUUAGGCAUGGUUUUUCUAAACAAAGCUGAGUUUAAAAAAGCUGUGGAUAAAUUGAGCAUUAUGCAAAGGAGGCCAAUCAAGUGGGUCAAGAAUGAUAAGAAGAGACACAUGGCUAUUUGUAAUGAAAGGCACUAUGACUGGAAGAUUUUGUUAGCGUGGGAUAAGCCAAUUGAGACAUGGAUGGUCAAGACAUUUACAAGUGAACACACAUGUGAAUGGGGAUCGACCAAUCGGAGAUGUAAUUCAACAUUUGCAAUGAACCAUUUAUUCAAGACUAAGCGUUUUAGUGUUGUUUAUUUGAAAAGUGGUGAUAGUUUUAUUGAAAUAUGGGAUGAGUUGAACAUGGAGUUGACUCAAGUCCAGUGUAGGAUUAUUAAAAGGAGGUUGAGAAAAACUUUUGAAGGGGAUCAUUCAUUGGAAUACAACAAGCUUUUUGACUAUGCUGCAGAACUGAGAAAAAGAGAUCCAAGAGCCACUGUUUCGAUUUAUGCACCGAGGCCACUACCUGAACUGAACCCUAUUUUCUUGAGGAUAUGUGUGAAGGCACUGAAUGAGGCAGAAUCUAAUGCAACCUUAGCAGAGUUAGGCAAAUUGAAGCCUGCAGCAAGGGAUGACAUAAUGAAUGUGGAUCCCAAGCACUGGAGCAUAGCUUUUUUCAAAGCCAAAAUUAAGUCAUCUGUGGUCGACAAGAACAUGUGUGAGGUGUUCAAUGCAUUACUUGUUGAUGCACGACACAAGGCAAUAAUUUCUAUGAAUCAAGAAAUGAGAGCUAUGUGUGCAGCAAGAACUAUUAUUAGGAGAGAGUUUGGAUCUGAUAAGUUUGUGGGAGAAUUUGGGCUUAAGAUUUGGACUAAGAUUGUAUGGAAUAGGGAAGGUAGCAAGAAAUGCAAAGUCCUAUGGCCUGGUGGAGGUGGUUUUGAAGUUGAGGAUUACAUGAAUAGUAAAAAUAAAGUCGAUUCAAGUAAAAACACUUAUAUUGUAUAUUUGGAAAAUAGAAAAUGCACCUGUAGGUAUUGGGAUAUAUCUGGGAUUCCUUGUAGACUUGCCAUGACUGUAUUGAGUUUGAAAAAACUGAGAGUUGAAGAAUAUGUUUCAGAUUGGUACAAGUUGUCAAGAUUUAGGGCCUCUUAUGCAUAUGAGGUACCAGUUAUUGAAGGCAUGAAUCAAUGGACACCAACAGGGAUGCCAGCCAUACAGCCACCUGUACCACGAAAGAUGCCUGGCAGGCUUAAGAAAAAAAGAAAUCCUGAAGAAUGGGAAGGAAAGAAAAAAAUUGGAAGACAAGGAAGACAAAUGACUUGUCAGAAAUGCUUCCAAAAAAGUCACAAUUCCAGAUCGUGUAAAGGCCAACCGCUGAAUGUGCCCCAAAUGGAGAAUGAACCAUCUGUGGAGCAACCACCCCCUGUUGAGGACAACCAGCCACGCAUUGCUGAGGAAGAACUAGUGAACAUGACCCAAGAAGAUCCUUUAGUGAGUCAAGUAGUCAGCCCAACUCCACCAGUUCAACAAGCCACAACUCCCACUACAAGAAAGAAAGAGAGAGCUAGAAGCGCUGAUCAGCCAAAGGUAGAAAAGAGAGCAAGGAAAAAUACCCUAACCCCAACUGUGCAAGAGGAUUCGCCAUCUGUGCCUCCAUCUGAAACCCAUUCACAAUCCACAAAAACACAAAAAGUCAAGCAUGCCUAUCCAAAAGGGAAGGGCAAGCAACAAUUUGAAGGUUUUGGAACAUAUGUGAAUCCAAAUACAAGUUUUUCCAAAUUAAAUCCUGGACAUAGAAGUGAAAGAAAUUUGUCGUUCGGAUAUGCUCAAAAGAGGGCUACAGGAGUUGGAGAUAGAGGAAUCCCCGUUGUAACUCUAACGCAUGCACCAACAACACCUGCACCAACAGCACCUACACCAAUAACACCUACAGUACCUACACCAAUGGCACCUCCAUCUAUAACAACAACAACUCCCUCAAGAAGCAGUAAGCAAUUUGUUACUGCCACUAACUUGCAAGCACAAUUAUGGGAAAAAAGAAGGCAAAAGGAAUGGCAAAAGGAAGAAGAAGCACUUGGUCGUUGGGUAGAGUUAUUGACUAAAAUUCACACAGAUAAACAAUCAAACGUUUAGAAGGUGAAGUUAUUCUGUGUUGUUUGCAUGGAUGCUUCUUUUUUGGACAGAUUAGGGUGUGUAUUGCCUGGAUAAUUGUUUUUGGACAGCCACCCCUGUUGAGUGUAAAGCUUUUUGUAGUGUGUUUAGGGGGUGCUUCUGUUUUGGACAGAUUAGGGUGUAUAGUACAUAGAGUGAUAUUGCAUGGACACUUGUUUUUGGACAGAUAUGGGAGUUUAGGUUGCUUGUUGUAUUUGGCAGGGAAUCUACUAUAAUGUGCUUUUAUUUUGGAUUUGAACAACAUAUAUUUUGUAAUUUACUGUAUAUGCAUUGUAAUUUUGGUAUUGGGAUUAAUGAAAUGCAUAUAUUGAC